AUGUCUCCUACAAUCUUCAUCGUUCCUGGGUUCUAUGAAGGCCCUACGGUCUUCCAACCUCUCUCCAACAGCCUCAAUGGACGAGGCAUUAAAACGGUGAUCACAACUAUUUACAGCACUGGAAAGCUUCCUCCAGAAAGACCGACCAUGGAUGAUGAUAUUGCCAACAUCGUCAAGGACCUUACUCCUGUCGUCGAGGAAGCAGGUGAAGAAGGAGUCAUUGCAGUCAUGCACUCUGCAGGCGGUUUCAUUGGCAGUGGUGCCCUCAGGGGCCUGACGUGGAAAGCCAGAAAAGAUAUUGGAAGGACUGGAGGAGUCAAGAAAAUUGUCUUCAUCUCAGCCGGUGUCGCGCCUGAGGGAUUCGAACAAGGACCAAUGGAGUUCUUUGACUAUCAUGAGUCAAACGGCACGCAGUCUUGCAAAGAUCCCAGAAAUUUGCUCUAUAGCGACUUCUCAGAUGAAGAUGCCAACAAGUGGCUUCCGGGUCUUCAACAUCAGGCCGACAGAGGCUGGGCGACCAAACUCCAGUAUUGUGGAUGGAGAGAGGUACCAAGUGUUUACAUCAUCUGUGACGGGGAUAGGAUACUACCUGCUGAGCUGCAGGAAAGGUUUGCGCGUCUGGCAGGAAGCGAGAUCGUGCGGAUUGGUGCCGGACACAUGGUGCAGUUGAGUCAGACUGAAAAGGUAGCUGACAUCGUCGCUUCACAUGCGGAUUAA